UUUAUCGUCAUCCGCGCUGUUUAAAAUAAUAUUAUGCAAUGUAUUGCUACACAUGCAUAAAAAGAAUUUUUCAAUAAAUACGUAUAUUUAGAUAUUUACUUUUCUGGAAUGAUAUAUGUUAGUAAAACAAUUGUACUCUUGCUCUACUUUAUUUUAAGUAAAUAUCGAUUUACUUACUUUGAAAUGAAAUUAUCUUUUUUAAAACGAUACAAUGAUGCCAAAUGGUACUUCAUUUGUUAUACACAUACUAAUCGUAUAAUUGAAAAGUGCAUUUUGAUUAAUUCUUAAGAUUAUUAAAUCUUAUUAUUUAAAAUGAUGCAUUCUAUAGAUACACAAAAUGUUUCGCGAGAUUAUACAAUGCCGGCGAUACAGCAACGUAUCGCUGAAUUAUUAAAAAGAAGAGUUUCUUUAGAAAGAAUUGCUGGAGAAAGUAUAGAGGAACGUCUUGAAAAAUACAAAGAACAAAGAAAUUUUAGAUAUGGUCUUUUAAGAAGUACACAUCAGAUGGUAUUGGAAGUAGCAGCAUUUAUUUUAAAUUUACCAUCAGCAACUUUAGCAGAAGGAAUUAUUGACAAAGAUGAAUAUGUAAAUACAUUUAGUAAUUUCUUUAAGGAAGGUGGAAAACGAGCUAUUAUUAUACAUUAUCAACAUAUGACACCACCAUCAAUGGAAUCUGGUAGGUGGACACCACAAUAUGAACAUGAAAAACAAGUCCUGCGUUGUUGUGUAACCGAUGGUACUACUGAACCAUUCUAUGGCAAAUCAAUAAUAGUUUAUCGCCUAAGAUCAGAUAUUGAAUUUGAAACAAAGCAUUUGUUAGAUGAAACAUAUUAUGCUUAUGCAGAAGUUGAUUUUACUUCACAAAGUCCUAUUGCUGCAAUAUCAGAUUUAAUGUCACGAUUAAAUGAACCAGCAAUAAAAGCUAACAUACAAUGGGGUGAAUUGUCAAAGACAGAAAGAGAUUUUAAAAUAGCAAAGAAUUUUAUACAUGAUUUUAGUAAUUUCUGCGAAUUCCUUAAAAUAAUAAACAUUGAUCUUCAAGGUAUUGUAAGAUUUGAAAUUAAUUUGGAUCUUUAUAAUAAGUAUCUGACGAAAUUAGAAGAUAUAAAACUAAAUGCAAAAAAUCGUGACGUUGUUGAAAUAGGAGAGAACAAUGUUCGAAUUUGGAUGAAAAUAAUGGAACGAGCAAUUGUUGAAAGUCAGCAAUUGCGAAGAGAAACUGAAGUAAUUGGACCUACAGGUGAACUUGCUUAUUGGAGACGAUUACUUGUCCGAUUUUCAUCAAUUAUAGAAUGUAUUAAAUCACCACAAACUCAAGCAUUUAUUGAUUUAUUAAUUCAUUCAAACUCUAAAUUGAUGAAAAAAUGGAAAAGAUUGAUCAACCAUGUUAUAACAGUGCAGAUAUUAGCUCAGGACAAUGUGAAUUACUUAUAUGCCUUAGAAAAAUUUACAAAACCAUUAUAUAGAUUAGAUCCAACAAAAAUAGGAAAAUAUUUACCUACACUUAUGUAUGUUAUACGUAUGAUUUAUGCUACAUCAAGAUUUUUUAAUACAAGAAGAAUGGUAACAGCUGUAUUCGUAAAGAUGACAAACCAAAUGAUUUUAGCUUGCAAAAAAUAUUUAACACAAGAUGGUACAUUAAAUAUUUGGCAUGAUUCUAAAUCUAGCAUGAUAUCUAGAAUAAAAGAUUGUAUUGCACUUUACACACAAUAUCAUGAAUAUUAUGAUCAAAUGUGUAAAAAGGUAAAGGAAAGUGCCGAUGAAAAACCAUUUGAAGUAUCAGAAAUGUAUGUUUUUGGAAAAUUUAAGACUUUCACGAAAAGAUUAAUAAAAAUCAUGGAUGUACUUGAAAUUACUUUAACAUACUCUAUUCUUCAAAGUUCCACUCUAGAGGGAAUAGAUAAAUUCAAUGCUAAAUUUCUAAGCUUUUUUCAUAAAAUUUCCUCCAAAAAUUAUGAUCCUUUAGAUCAUAGAAAACCAUAUUUUAAUUCAGAUUAUGAUGAGUUUAAGCGUAAUGUAGAAGAAACUGAAAUUGAACUUAGAACAUUUUUUUAUGAUACUGUAUCUGUAACACCAAAUAUUACAGUAGCUUUGAUUAUGGUAGCGAGAUUUCAGAAAUUAAAUUUAAAAUGUUUAAGAAUUGAUAGAAAAUAUUUAGAACUUACGAAGAUAUAUCAAGAAGAAAUAGAGGAAGUAAGAGAUAAAUAUAAUGAAGAUAGAUCUUCUCCACCAAUACCCCGUAAUAUAUCACCUAUUGCUGGUAGAAUAUUUUGGAUACGACAAUUAUAUAGACGCAUUGAAGCAUCGAUGGAUAUGUUUAAGACACGUAAACGCGUUAUAACUCACGAAUAUAUGCAAAAUUGCAUCAAAAUCUACAAUGCUAUAAUCAGCGUUUUUAUACAUUAUGAAAUAAUAUAUCAUAAAGCAUGGUACGACUCUUGUGAAAUUGUUCGAUUAGCUCUAUCAGCUCCAUUGCUCGUACGUCAUCCAAGAACAAAUAAAUACUGUUUAAAUUUUGAUCUUUUUAUUUUGGAAGUAAUACAAGAAUCUGAACAUAUGUCUAGAUUUGGAUUGGAAGUACCUGAUUUUAUACAAAUUAUAACAUUUUGUAAAGAAAAGAUUUUUUCUUCAUAUGAUGCCAUUAAAAAUUUAAUUGAAGAAAAUGAUAAAUUAAGACGAUCUAUACCAAUUGUAUUCUUAAAUUUGAUAAAAAUUCUAUUGGUUGAUCUUGAGAUUGCUUUUCAACCAUGUUUAUCAGUUAUUUCUUGGGCAUCUUUAAAAAUAUCAGAUGUUUGUGCAAAUGUUAAAGUAAAGCUUGUAGAAGUACAAAAUUUUAUUAAGGAAAUAAAGGAUAUGAAAGAAGCAAGAAUAGAUGAAGUGCUUGAAUUCAUAAGUAACACAAUAUUAUUAAAAAUUGAUAAUUAUCCAAAAUCUCCAGCUGAUUUUUUAAAAGAUAAUAAGGCUUUUCUUAAUAUUGUUGCUAUUGAGUUAGAAGUUAAGUCAUCAAUGGCUGAACAAGUUGUUAUAGCGAUUAUUAAUAAAUUUAUGAAUCUUAUUACUGAUACUAAUUUUCAAGAUGUUAAAUAUAGUUGGAUGGAUACAGAACAAUUAACUAAACAAGUUGGAUCCCUUACAAAGUUAACUAGUGGGCCGUAUGAACUAGGUUUUGCUCCUGUUUCUAAAAAAAUUAAAAUAACUCAAAUACAUCAUGAUUGCCUGGAGUUUUUUGCAUAUUUUAAUAAUAAAAUGAUGGAAGCUUUAAUAAAAUGUACUAAAAGCGCACUUGAAUUAUUGAGAAGAAAAGUAGAAACAACAAGUUCUUUACUUUCUAAUCAAAAUGAUGCUGCACUUAUGUUAACACAAUUUGUCUUACAAAUUCCAAAUAUUGUAACAGUUCCAUCUAUAGAAGAAUUGCAAAAUAAUUUCGAACAAGUUAUAAUAAGUGUAAUGGAUAUGCACAAAAGCAUCACUCAAUGGGGUCAGCGAUAUCAUUUGCCUCAUAAGAAUAUUAAUUUUAAGGGAGAUACUAAAAGAGAUUUAAAAAAUUAUUAUCAAAUUAUUUCUGAUCACAAGGAAAUUAUUCGAAUUACUAUGGGUUUACAAGGAAUCAUUUUAAUGUUGAAGGAUGACAUUACAGCUCUUGGCAAUUCAUACCUAAAAUACUCAUACGUAUGGGACGAGAAUAAAGAAAAAAUAAUACAAAAAUUUGUUGAUUCUGAACCAAUAAUUCAGGAAAUAAAGGAAAAAUUUGUAAAAUACGAGAAUUUGUUUACAGAGAUUCAAAAUCUCCCAGAUUUGCAUAUUGUUGGUCCUAUAGAAAUUAGAAUGGAAAAGUUGAAGCUUGCCCUUUUGGUAGAAGCAAGUGCAUGGAAAAAAUUAUUAGGAUCUACAUUGUCUAUUAAUUAUAAAAAUAAAUUAAUGAAAAUUACCGAGUAUAUUAAUGAAAAAAAUAAAGUUCUUAUUAGACCAAUUAGAGAUUUAGAGGAUGUACGUAUUGCUAUGAGAUGUUUGGGUACAAUACGAGAUGAUUUUAUAACUUUUGAUAUGGAAUUGAUUUUAAUUGAAGAAACUUAUACUUUGAUGGGAGUGUUUAACGUAGAUGUAUCAAAAGAAGAACAAGAUAUAGUAGACGGUUUGCGUUACAAUUUUAACAAUAUGUUGGAUAUGGCAAAGCAAGUUCAAGAAACUAUAUGCGAGAUGCAAGAGCCAUUGAAAACAGAAUUAAUAGAAGGUGUUGCUAUUCUUAUAGAUGAUGUUGAACAAUUUGAUAUGGACUUUGAGUUAGAAGGUCCAAUGGUUGAAGGAUUACCAGCAGCAGAAGCUAGUGAAAGAGUUAUAGCAUUUCAAGCACGUUUUGAUGAGUUAUGGAAUAGGUAUGAAACUUAUAGUAGUGGUGAAACUUUAUUUGGAAUACCUAUCAGAGAAUAUCCUAAAUUACAACAAAGGAAAAAAGAACUUAAUUUGUUACAAAAAUUAUAUUCAUUAUAUUUACAAGUUAUGAAAACGAUAGAUAGUUACUACAAUAUAUCUUGGUCUGAUAUUGAUAUUGAAUCGAUUGUAGCUGAAUUAGCAGAAUUUCAAAAUAAAUGUCGAAGAUUACCUAAAGGUAUGAGAGAUUGGCCUGCUUAUAUUGAUUUAAAGAAAAAAAUUGAUGAUUUUAAUGAGACAUGCCCAUUACUCGAAAUGAUGGCAAAUAAGGCUAUGAAAGAUCGACAUUGGGAACGGAUGUCUAAGUUAUGUAAUUUUUUUUUUGACGUAGAAUCUGAGACAUUUACAUUAGCGAAUGUCUUAGAGGCACCUUUAUUAAAGUAUAAGGAUGACGUUGAGGAUAUAUGCAUUAGUGCAGUGAAAGAAACAGAAAUAGAGAGUAAACUAAAACAAGUGAUUGCGGAUUGGGCUACUGUAAAUUUACAGUUUUCUCAUUUUAAACAAAGAGGAGAGUUAUUACUUAAAGGAAUUGAAACAGCUGAAAUAAUAUCUCAACUUGAAGAUAGUUUAAUGGUGAUCAGUUCUUUAAUGGCAAACCGAUAUAACGCACAUUUUAAGAAAGAUAUACAAUUAUGGCAAAGGAAAUUGAGUAAUACGUCAGAAAUAUUGUCCACUUGGUUAACUGUUCAGAAUCUAUGGGCAUAUUUAGAGGCUGUAUUCAUUGGUGGUGAUAUAUCAAAACAACUUCCAGCUGAAGCAAAACGCUUUAAUUCAAUUGAUAAGUCAUGGGUCAAACUUAUGAAUCGUGCACGUGAUAAGUUAAAUGCAGUGGAAACAUGUACAGAAGAUGAAACUAUGGGUCAACUCCUACCUUAUUUAUUAGAGCAGUUAGAAUCUUGUCAAAAAUCUCUUAGUGGAUAUUUGGAAACAAAACGCGUUAUAUUUCCAAGAUUUUGUUUCAUAUCUGAUCCAACAUUAUUGGAAAUUCUUGGACAAGCUGCCGAUUGUCACACUAUACAAAAUUAUUUAGAUGGUUUUUUUGAUAACAUUGCAAAGUUGGAAUUUUCUACAAAAGAUUAUGAGAAUAUUAUAGCAAUAUAUUCUCGUGAAAAAGAAAAAAUCGUACUUGAAAAAGUAGUUAUAUGUUUAGGUGGUGUAGAAAAUUGGUUAAACACAUUUCUAUCUGUACAUCAGAUAUCUGUUGCUGCUGCAAUUUCAUAUGGAAUGACCUUAUUGAAUACUCCUGAUUUUGAUAUUUUAGCAUUGAUAGAUAAUUCCGUAUUACAGGUUGCAUUACUUGCCCUUCAAGUUUUGUGGACUCGUGAUUCUGAAGCAGCAAUGAAUGCAUCAAAACGAGAUAAAACGAUCAUGCGUAAAACUAACGAGUGGUUUUUAGAUUUAUUAAAUAUUCUAAUAGAAGUAACUGUGAAAGAUCUUACACCAUAUUCUAGACAAAAAUAUGAAGUUUUGAUUACAAUUCAUGUACAUCAAAGAGAUAUAUUUGAUGAAUUAUAUCGUUCCAAAGUUCGAAAUAUACAAGAUUUUGAAUGGCUGAAACAAUCUAGAUUCUAUUAUGAUGAUGAUAAGGAAGAAAUUUUGAUAAAAAUUACAGAUGUAGAAUUCAUUUACCAAAAUGAAUUUCUGGGCUGUACUGAUAGACUCGUUAUUACACCUCUUACAGAUAGAUGUUAUAUAACACUUGCACAAGCUGUUGGAAUGAAUUUUGGUGGUGCACCAGCAGGUCCUGCUGGCACCGGGAAAACGGAAACUACUAAAGAUAUGGGUAAAGCAUUAGGAAAAUAUGUUGUUGUGUUUAAUUGUUCUGAUCAAAUGGAUUUCCGUGGUUUGGGUAGAAUAUUUAAGGGACUGGCACAAGCAGGUAUUUGGGGUUGUUUUGAUGAAUUCAAUAGGAUAGAAUUACCUGUACUUUCUGUUGCCGCUCAACAAAUAGCAAUUGUGCUUAAUGCAAGAAAAGAAAGAAAAACAUAUUUUCUCUUUAGUGAUGGUGAAACAUAUAAACUUAAUUACGAAGUUGGAAUAUUUAUUACAAUGAAUCCAGGCUAUGCUGGACGACAAGAAUUACCAGAAAAUUUGAAAAUACAAUUUAGAACUGUGGCUAUGAUGGUUCCAGAUAGACAGAUAAUCAUGCGCGUGAAAUUGGCAGCUUGUGGUUUUUUACAAAAUACCAUGUUAGCACGGAAAUUUUUUACAUUAUAUUCAUUAUGUGAAGAGCAACUUAGUAAACAAGUGCAUUAUGAUUUUGGUUUACGUAACAUUUUAUCGUGUUUGCGAACACUUGGAGCACAAAAACGUGCACGUCCUGAUGAAUCAGAAGAAACAACUUUGAUGAGAGUACUUCGGGACAUGAACUUAUCGAAAUUAGUAGAUGAAGAUGAACCUUUGUUUAUGUCACUUAUUGAAGACAUGUUUCCAGGAAUCAAAUUAACGGUACAAACGUAUAAAGAGUUACAAAAAGAAAUACAAAAUGCUACGAUUGAUUUAGGAAUAAUGAAUCAUCCUGAAUGGAAUUUAAAAACUAUUCAACUAUAUGAAACAUCUUUAGUUCGUCAUGGUCUUAUGGUACUUGGUCCUACAGGAUCUGGAAAAACUCGAUGUAUGUGGGCGUUAAUGAAAGCUCUAACAAAAAUGGGUACACCUCAUAAAGAAAUUAGGAUGAAUCCAAAAGCUAUUACGGCAUCACAAAUGUUUGGUAAAUUGGAUGUUGCUACAAAUGAUUGGACAGAUGGUAUAUUUUCAACAAUAUGGAGAAGAUCUGUUCAAAUGAAAAAAGCAGACCAUUUAUGGAUUGUGUUAGAUGGACCAGUUGAUGCAGUAUGGAUCGAAAAUUUAAAUUCAGUACUAGAUGACAAUAAAACAUUAACUUUAGCUAAUGGAGAUCGUAUAAUUAUGUCUGUAACUAGUAAAUUAGUGUUUGAACCAGAUAAUGUUGAUAAUGCAUCGCCAGCAACGAUAUCACGCAUGGGAAUGGUCUUCAUUAGUUCAUCUGUAUUAAAAUGGCAUAACAUAUUAGAUGCCUGGCUAAAGACACGUCCAAAUCAAGAAGCGGAUACAUUACGUAUACUAUUCCACAUAAUAUAUGAUGAUGCUCUUAAAUUUGUCUUAACAAAACUUGAAGUAAAGAUGACACUUUUGGAAGCUCUUUACAUACGUCAAUCUAUUGAUCUAUUAAAUGGUUUACUAACAAACAAUGAUACUGCUAAAGUAUUAACUAAUACCUAUAUAGAAAAAAUAUUCUUAUUUUCUAUUAUGUGGAGUCUUGGAGCAGUAUUAGAAAUUGAUUCACGUUAUGCCUUACAAGAAUUUCUUCUAGCCCAUAAAUCGCGUUUAAAUUGGCCAAUUAUAGAAGAGGAUGAAACGAUUUUCGAAUAUGUAGUAUCCGAUUACGGACGUUGGAUACAUUGGAACGAAAGAGUUCCAGAAUUUGAAUAUCCAUCAGAUCAUGUCCUAGAAUAUUAUAAAAUAUUAGUUCCUAAUGUAGAUAAUACAAGAACAUUAUUUUUAAUCGAUAUAAUAGCGAAACAAGAGAAAGCGGUUCUUCUUAUUGGAGAGCAAGGUACUGCAAAAACAGUUAUGGUUAAAAGUUAUAUGUCUAAUUUUGAUCCGGAAUAUCAUCUCCAAAAAUCCUUUAAUUUUUCAUCGGCUUCUACACCUAAUAUGGUUCAAAGAAUUUUUGAAAGUUAUGUUGAAAAGCGAGUUGGAAAUACUUAUGGACCUCCUAGUGGACGGAAACUUACUAUUUUCAUAGAUGAUAUAAAUAUGCCUUUAAUAAAUGAAUGGGGUGAUCAAAUAACAAAUGAGAUUGUUCGUCAAUUAAUGGAAUAUAAUGGAUUUUAUUCAUUAGACAAACCUGGUGAUUUUUGUACGUUAGAAGAUAUUAUGAUACUUGCUGCCAUGAUUCAUCCAGGAGGUGGUAGAAAUGAUAUACCAGCAAGAUUAAAACGUCAAUUUAAUAUUUUUAAUUGCACCUUACCAUCCAAUAAAUCGAUGGAUGCUAUUUUUGGUAAGAUUGGCCAAGGAUACUUUAGUUUGACCAGAUUUUCUGAAGAAAUUGUGAAUUUUCUGCCAAAAUUAGUACCUUUAACACGAAUUUUAUGGCAAAAAACCAAAGUAAAAAUGUUACCUACACCAGCAAAAUUUCAUUAUGUUUUUAAUUUAAGAGAUUUAUCACGUAUUUGGGAAGGUAUUCUUAGAAUUGAAAGAGCCGAAUGUAAAACUAUUACAAUUUUAUUAAAACUUUGGGAUCAUGAGUGUACUCGCGUAAUAUCUGAUAAACUUAUAACUACUGAAGAUAAUGAAUGGUUUCGUAAUGCAUUAAAGCAAACUGCAGAAGAAAUUUUGGGUUCAGAUUUUCAAUAUUAUGAAGAUGUAGAAACAUAUUUUGUUAAUUUUUUGCGUGAUCCUCCAGACCCAACAGGAGAUGAACCUGAGGAUUUUGUCUUUGAAGCACCAAAAAUUUAUGAAGAGAUACCAAGCUAUGAGGUAGUUAUAACAAGAGUUAAGCAAAAUAUGGAACAGUUUAAUGAGUACAUACGUGGAAUACACCUUGAUUUAGUUUUAUUCCAUGAUGCUCUUAUACAUUUAAUACGAAUAUCAAGAAUAUUUGGAGUACCAAGAGGUCAUGCAAUGUUGGUAGGUGUUGGAGGAUCUGGUAAACAAAGUUUAACAAGAUUAGCUUCCUUCAUUGCAGGUUUUACAUUUUUCCAAAUAACUUUAUCUAGAAUUUAUAACGUGGCAAGUUUAAUGGAUGACUUAAAAAAAUUGUAUCGUGAAGCUGGUACCGUUAGCAAGGGAUUGACAUUUAUAUUUACUGAUAAUGAGAUUAAAGAUGAGGCUUUUCUUGAGUAUAUAAAUAAUAUUUUAAGUGUAGGCGAAAUUGCUGGUUUAUUUCCUAAGGAUGAAUUAGAAGAUAUUUAUUCAGCAGUCACACCACUCAUGAAAAAAGAUGACCCUAAAAGACCUCCAACACAGGAUAAUCUGUAUGAUUAUUUUAUAACUCGUGCACGAAAUCAUUUGCACAUAGCUUUAUGUUUUUCACCAGUUGGAGAAAGAUUCAGAUUACGAUCAUUGAAAUUUCCUGCACUUAUAUCUGGCUGUACAAUGAAUUGGUUUGCUAAAUGGCCUAAAGAUGCGUUGUAUCAAGUAGGUCAACAUAUUUUAAGAACGUUCGAUAUUGAGUGCACUUUGGAAGUAAAACAAAAUUUAAUUCAAGUGAUGGGUGAUGUUCAAGACGACGUUAAUGACAUUUGCAUAGAAUAUUUCAAUAGAUUCCGUCGACAAACAUACGUUACACCAAAGUCAUUUCUAACAUUUCUUACUGGAUAUAAAGAGAUUUACAAACAAAAUUUGGAUAAUAUUAAUAUGCUUGCUAGUCGUAUGAGUAAUGGUUUAAGUAAGUUAGUUGAUGCUACUGUACAAGUUAAUGAAUUACGUAAAAUAUUAGAAAAAAAUCUGCAAGAAAUCGCUGAAAAGAACAUACAAGUGGAAUCUAUUUUAGUUGUUGUUGAUGAAAAGAAAAGAGAAGCAGAAACAGUAAAGGCAACAGUACAGGUAACAAAAAAUCAAGCUGAAGCAUUAUUGAAGGUAAUUGCUGCAGAUAAAAUAGUAGCAGAAAAAAAAUUGAAAGCUGCAGAACCGGCAUUAUUAGAAGCAGAGGCUGCAUUGCAGACUAUAAAAGCAUCCGAUAUUGCAACAGUACGCAAAUUAGCAAAACCACCCUAUUUAAUUACUUUAAUUAUGGAUUGUGUGUUGAUAUUAUUUGGAAAAAAGUUAGAACGUAUUAAGCCAGAUCCAGAACGCCAAUUCUUAACAGCCUCCUGGACUGAAGCAUUUAAAGUUAUGACUGAUACUAGAUUUUUAUACAACUUGCAACAAUUUCCUAAAGAUAAUAUUAACGGAGAAAUUGUAGAUUUAAUGUAUCCAUAUUUAAAUUAUCCUUUAUAUACAUAUGAAGCUGCAAAGCAGGCCUGUGGUAAUGUAGCUGGCUUAAUACAAUGGACCAUUGCAAUGGUAGCUUUCUAUGGAAUAAAUAAAGACGUGCUUCCAUUAAAGGCAAAUUUAGCCAUACAGCAAGGAAAGUAUGAAAGAGCUAAUCGAAGUUUACGUCAAGCAGAAGCUUUAUUAAAAGAAAAGGAUGAAGAUUUAAAACAUGUCCAGCAAGAGUAUGAUGCUGUAAUGCAAGAAAGACAGGUGAUAGUUGAUCAAGCUGAAGCAUGCCAAGCUAAAACUAAUACAGCAACUGCUAUGAUUGAAGGAUUGUCUGGUGAAAGAGUAAGAUGGACAGAACAAGUAGCUAUGUUUAAAUCCGAAAUUGAGCGACUUGUUGGAGAUGUUGUAAUAUUAACUGGAUUCCUUUCCUAUUGUGGCCCGUUUAAUCAAGAAAUCCGUCUAUUGCUACAGCGAAAGUGGUUUGAUUUCCUUCGGGAUAAAAAAAUUCCAUGUUCUACGGCGAUAAACAUUGUUGAUGUGUUGACAGAUACAGCAACAAUAGGAGAAUGGAAUUUACAAGGUUUACCCACUGAUGAAUUAUCUAUUCAAAAUGGUAUAAUAGUGACAAAAGCAACUAGAUAUGCACUUUUAAUUGAUCCACAGUUACAAGGCAAAGCAUGGAUUAAAAACAAAGAGAAAAAUUUUGAUUUACACGUAACACUCUUAUCUCAUAAAUACUUCAGAAAUCACUUAGAAGAUUCUGUAUCACUUGGCCGCCCAUUACUUAUUGAAGAUGUGGGAGAAGAAUUAGAUCCUGUUCUUGAUAAUUUAUUGGAAAAAAAUUUCAUAAAGAUAGGAACUACACUUAAAGUAAAAUUAGCCGAUAAAGAAGUAGACGUUAGCAAAGAUUUUAGACUUUACAUUACAACGAAGUUGCCAAAUCCUUCGUAUAAUCCAGAAGUGUUCGCACGUGUUUCAAUAAUCGAUUUUACUGUAACAAUGAAAGGUCUGGAAGAUCAAUUGUUAGGAAGAGUUAUUUUAACGGAAGAAGAAGAAUUGGAGACUGAAAGAGUCCAAUUAAUUGCAGAUGUAACUGCUAAUAAAAGAAAGAUCACAGAAUUAGAAACAAACCUUUUACAUAAAUUAACAACAGUCCAGGGUCCCUUGAUCGAAGAUGUAGAAUUAAUGACUGUAUUAAAUAUAACAAAGCAAACAGCUGCAGAAGUUAAUGAGAAAUUAAAUAUUGCAAGGGAAACAGAAAUUAAAAUUGACGCUGCUCGUGAAGAAUAUAGGCCAAUUGCUACUCGAGGAAGUGUUUUAUAUUUCUUAAUUUGUGAUAUGGCAAAUGUUAAUUCGAUGUAUCAAACAUCUCUCGCACAAUUUUUGGAACGUUUUGAUAUUUCAAUAGCACGAUCAGAAAAAAGUCCUGUUAUCCACAAAAGAAUUAAUCAUGUUAUUGAAUAUUUAACAUAUGAAAUAUUUAAAUACAAAGCUCGUGGUUUAUAUGAAAUACACAAAUUCAUGUUCAUUUUAUUAAUGACAUUGAAAAUUGAUCUUCAACGUGGAAGCAUAACUCACGAAGAAUUUGAAUUCUUUAUUAAAGGUGGUGCUGCUUUAGAUUUAAAGACUGUACAACCAAAACCUUGCAAAUGGAUUACAGACGUAACAUGGUUACAUUUAGUUGCUCUAUCAGCUUUGAAACAGUUCCAGUAUAUAUUAAUACAAAUCCCUGCUUCUGAAAAACUUUGGAAGCUUUGGUUUGAUAAAGAUGCUCCAGAAGAAGAACUUAUACCAGAUGGUUAUCAUAGUUUAGAUACUUUUCGUCGCUUACUUAUUAUAAGAGCAUGGUGUAUGGACCGAACUCUUUCACAAUCUCGUAAAUAUAUAGCAAGCUCUUUAGGUCCACGGUAUGCAGAAGCAGUUAUUACACUUUUGGAUGUGAUGCAUAGUGAAUCAAGACCUGAUACACCUAUGAUCUGUUUUCUAAGUAUGGGAACAGAUCCUAGUCCAAGCAUUGAACAAUUAGCAAAAAAUAUGGAAAUUUUAUGCCAAAGUAUAUCGAUGGGACAAGGUCAAGAAGUGCAUGCUCGAAAAUUGCUUAAUAGCGCUAUGACUGAUGGUUUUUGGGUACUCUGUCAAAAUUGUCAUUUAGGUUUAGAUUAUAUGAAUGAGAUGGUUACUUUUCUUUUGGAAAUGCAAUCUCCUCACCCCGAUUUUCGUAUAUGGAUUACAACAGAACCACAUAAAGAUUUCCCUAUUUCUCUUUUACAAAUGUCUAUUAAGUUUACAUAUGAGCCACCACAAGGAAUAAAAGCUGGCUUAACAGCUACAUACAGUGGAAUGAAUCAAAUAAUGUUAGAUCAAUGUGAUGCUGCUCAAUACAUUCCAUUAAUAUAUGUAGUGUCAUUUUUACAUAGUGUAGUACAGGAAAGACGUAAGUUUGGUCCACUUGGUUGGAAUAUACCUUAUGAAUUCAAUUCUGCUGAUUGGUUGGCAUCUUGUAUGUUUAUGAACAAUCACUUGAGUGAUUUUGAUCCUAAACGUGGUAUAAGCUGGCAGACUGUUAGGUAUAUGAUAGGUGAAGUACAAUACGGAGGUCGAGUUACAGAUGAUUAUGAUAAAAGAUUAUUGAACACAUUUUCAAAAGUGUGGUUUUCAGAUGCACUUUUUACUGAAGAUUUUGAAUUUUAUAAAGGUUAUCCAGUAUUAAACUACAGUAAUGUUACUGAUUACUUAAAGGUAAUAGACUCUAUGGCUUCAAUAGAUCCUCCACAAGUUUAUGGACUUCAUUCAAAUGCAGAUAUUACAUAUCAAAGUAAUACAACACAAUCUGUGUUAGAUAUUAUAAUAUCUAUUCAACCAAAGGAAGCAGGGGUGGGUGGUGGAGAAUCGCGAGAAACGGUUGUAACUAGACUAGCAAAAGAUAUGUUAGACAAAUUACCAUCAUCAUAUGAUUCAUUCGUAGUUAAAGAAAGAAUGAAUAUCAUGGGUGUAACUCAAUCUAUGAAUAUUUUUUUGAAACAAGAGAUAGAUAGAAUAAAUGUUGUUAUUUUAUUGUUAAACACAAUGUUAAAUGAUCUAUUGUUAGCUAUAGAAGGUGUAAUAAUUAUGAAUGAGCAAUUAAGAGAUAUUCUCGAUAAUGUAUACGAUGCAAGAAUACCUCAAAUUUGGAAAGUUCGAUCGUGGGAGUCUUCGACGCUUGGUUUUUGGUUCACAGAAUUAUUGGAACGAAAUCAACAACUUUCUACUUGGUUAUUUAUUGGUAGACCUAUGAAAUUUUGGAUGACCGGAUUUUUUAAUCCUCAAGGAUUUUUAACGGCUAUGAGACAAGAAGUAACACGUGCUCACGAGGGUUGGGCAUUAGAUAACGUAACUCUGCAUAAUUCUGUUCUGCGUUAUUAUACCGAUGAGAUUAAAGCUGCACCAGAUGAAGGUGUGUAUGUGAUUGGAUUAAUUUUAGAAGGUGCUGGGUGGGAUAGAAGAAAUAAUAUGCUUUGUGAAUCAACAAAUAAAGUUCUCUAUGUGAACAUGCCAGUCAUUCAUAUUUAUGCACUUUAUAAUAAACCAGAUAAAGAUCCUAAAUUAUAUCAAUGCCCUGUGUAUAAAAAACCACAAAGGACCUAUAAUCUCUUGGUUACACCACUUUGGUUGCAAUCCAACAAAUCACCGGAUCAUUGGAUUUUACGUGGAGUAGCGUUACUUUGUGAUAAUAAGUAAUGAAUUAUAUAAUAAUUAAUGGUAUUAAUAAAUUUGCAAUAAAGUAAGAAGUUACAAAAAUGUUUGUAUGA